CGAAACUUUGUAACGAAUUACAAUUCAAUCGCGCGUCUUCGUUCCUAUUCCGCAUUCGUCUCCGGGAGACGUUUUCCUAUUUAGGAAACCUCGAGGAAGGAAGAGGGUCCAUCCCAUCCAUCGCGAUCUCCCGAAAGAUUCGGUGUCACGGAUCGUGCGCGGCGGAUUCUAUAUUUGUCUCUCUCUCUCUCUCUCGGUAGCCACCGCGUCGGGAGAGAGUGCACCAGGCGGCGGUAACCAGCGGUAACGGCACGCACUCUCUGGGGCGCCUCACCUGCUAGACUCGAGCCUGAGGUGCCCCAGGUGGAUCCGUCAGAAAGUGCUCGACGGCCGGACAGUGUAUCGCGAGCGCUGGCUGGCGCGAAAGCACGCGGCGCGAUCGUCUCGACGGCGAGUGCUAACUUUCGUUCCGCGCGCGCGCGUUGUCGUUCGCGUUUGCAUUUGAAUCCAAGCCCUCCUCGUUACAGGAGAGGAUUGAAAAGGUUAAUCUCUCUCGGGGGAGGUGGACGCCCCCGUUCGAGGGAAGACGAAGGGUCGAUUUCUUUAAAUUUCUCAGCGCCGUCGUCGUGCCGCGCGAUUGAUUUAAUUCGCGAGAGGAAUCCGUUGUCGGGGGAUCCGCGCGAACGCGCGCGGAGUGCCGUAGAACGUGAGGCGGAAACGUCGUUGCUCGUUUGUCAGCUGAAUUCCACCUCGCAAGGACAAACCAAAAGUGAUCCGAUCAUCAGGAGCAUCAGGACUAUGUAGCAGACAUGAUCGAAUGAUGGAAGUGAUUUCGACACGCCGAUACGAGGCCCGUCCACCGGCGAAUACCCACUCCUCUAUUCUCGUUGACCCUGAGAACUCCGUGGCAUUAAUCAAAGAAGAGGAAUGGGAGACCCGCAAGAAGAAGGAGAUUACCACCACCCGGCAGAUCGAGACGAGGGUGAAGCGGCAGGUCGUUCUCGAGGACGGCGAGGUGGUCGUCGACUCCGGGCCCUUCGUCACCACAAACACGACCGAGGACGUUGAGCAGCAGGAGCACACGACUCAGGAGAGACGCACGACCGGGGAUCAACCGCAGGAGGUCGACUGGCGGCGGCCGGCGGCAGGUGGUACUGUGACCGGAAAUGGCGGUAACGUCGUGCAGAAGGAGCUGAACGAGACGGUGGUGAGAAGUCGCGAGGAGAUCGAGGAGAGGCUCGAGACGGAGGAUCGCCAGCAGUUGGGAGAUAUCUCGGACGAGGCCUACCAGAAGGCGGUGCGCAACAAUAGAGGCGACCUGCGGGUCGCUCUCGCCGAAUCUUCGAAACAGCUGGCGCCGCAGUCCGGUCCGCGGGUCAUUCAGCACACGACUAGGUCAAACAAAGUCAUCGACACCGAGAAGACCUUGGAGAAAAAGGAACUGAAGGCUGAUGGAUUAAUCGUUACCGAGAAGAAGCGAACGGUCGAGCACGAAGAGAUCAAAGACGACGAGGUUCCGGACGACGGGGAGGACGACAACGACGACGCCUCUGAAACGAGGAAAGAGAGCUCGCAGAGAUACGUAAAGAAGAGGGAAGAGGACGUGGUGGACUACAUCUCGGCCGGCGAGAGAGUCGGCCGAGAAAUGCGCUACGUCGCAGAGACAACCGAAGGAGAACGAAUAGGCGACUGGUCACCAUCACCGACGGGCAUGCGGACGACUCGUUUUCACAAGUAUCCCGGUUUCUCGGAUGCCGCCCGGAAAGAUGCACUGACGAAAAAGCCGCUGGACCUUGAGGAAGAGGACGAGGCGAGAAAAUUCGAAACGUCGAAGUGGCUGGAAAGCCACUUCGGCAGCGAUUCUCGUUCCUCGCACGGGUCCCUCGACGCCGACGAUUCUCCUCUUCCCACCGGCACUAACACGAGCUACAUCAACGUCACGAUGAAAUCCUGCGCGCCGAAGGAGCGCGAUUAUCAGAACGCAAGCUCCAGCCGCAAUCAGCGACGUGGUCGAGAAUCAGGCUCGCCUUCAGAAUAUUUUCAUGGGAUCAGCGAGUGGUCGGAACGAUAUCAAGGGAAAGAGAAGCAAAAUCACGCGCGAGCGAACUCUCCGGUUCGGUAUGUGGAAGCUCCACGAGUCAACGGGCAUGCCCACGGGCACAAGAGAAAUCAAGUUGAAUCAUCGCAUUCGAAAACUUACGAAUCGUUCCGACGCGAGUAUCAGGAUUAUGUCGACGAACGGCAACGUACACCAUCCCCGCCGGUGCGUCGAAGAUCGAAGGAACAGUGGGCAAAAUCGGAAGAGAGGAUUAGUUCGAACGAGCCACCGUCAGGUCGCACCUCAAGUCCGGUACACGUGGUGCAGAGAACCUGGGAGAGUCGUAAUCGCGACGUUCGAUCGCAGACACCCGAGCGCGACUACAGAAGUACCACGCCGCGAUCGCGAUCGAUCUCACCGAAAUCGCCGAUGAACGGUCGCGAAGAAAAGAAGUCGGAUAGUUCACGGGCGUCGAAGGGUCAAGGAUCUAAGUACAAGAUCGGCGAAUCCUUUCGGAAGCUGGUGGGCAAAUUACGUUCGGCCAGCACGGAGAGAAAGAACAAACGGGCAAGCGGUGGUUCGACCUCGCAGCUGACGCAGACCGACGACAACGGCCCGACCUACAUGCAGUACAACGUGAUCGACAGGAAUAUCCCUUUCGUGAGCGAAAGGGACAUGGACGAGAACAGCCACAAACCACCGGAGAGACCGCCGCGAUCGCCGCGAAACCCGUCGGGCAAGGUCGCCACGAAGACUACCACCAGGCUGGCCGACCACGGUGUCCAGGAGUGGCAACGCAGCGAGUCCACGCCGCCGCCCUUGCAGAGAUACUACCUGGGCGAGGAUCCCUUCGGCGGCAGUAUCUACGGCCGCGAGAAGGGAUACGAGAACGACCGAGAUCGGCCGCGGCAGGGAAGAUCACGUGGCUCCGGUAAAAUUGCCGUAGAUUCCGAGCACAGCGUCGCCACCAGCAGCUCCCUCGGCAGGUUUAGCAAGUCCACCGGCAGACUGACGGUUGGCGAUCACGAGAGGGACGAGCACUUCCGGUCGACUCAGACGUUACCGCGGAACCUGCACUCCGCCGGUGACGGACAAUCGGCACGCCCGCAAGCCAGACGGCACCAGAAGGCGAACAUCGCCAGGUACGGCACACCCGGCAAACUGGGCCAGCAUCAGCAGCAGCAGCAGCAGUACAGCAGCAUGAUCAACAUAUCGAUCAAAAACACGGUGAGCACGUCGCCCAAGGUGAACGCGCCUCCCGCGUACAGCACUCUUCAGGCACCACCGAAACCCGAACGUACGUACAAGUCGACCCUGUCGCGCAGCAAGAGCUUUAACGUCGAGGCCGACAGGAACGGCGGCGCGCCGGCGGUCCGCGCGCCGUAUACCUCCAAUUUACACCUGAACCGCCUGGACGAGACGCCGCCGCUCAAGAGCCCCGGCAUUCUCGCCAGCAUUAGCCGUAGUAACAGGGAUCUGUCCAGAGACGGUAAAUACUGAGGUGGUCGUCAGAGACGUGAUAAUAAACCAUCCGUAUCCUUUUUAGGACGCUAAUUUGCGCUAUCCCUCUCACCAAACACGCGGGUACACGAAGUUUUUUCGAAAUAUGAAUGAUACAAAUUUUAAGCAAAAGUCUACAGAUGUAGUAAAGUAAUCAACUAUAUUUGUGUGUGUUUUGCGUGUAGAUUUCGGACGUAUGUACUUUCGAGAAUCUUGUAGUACUUUUGUUUUUAUUCCCCUUUUUGUUAUCGUUGAAAUCCUCAAUCCUAUUCUUAAUUGCGUCACUGAUGGCCACACGUUCACAUGUAGAUAUUACAUAUUAUAUUUUUUAAUUUAUUCUCAUUAAACAGUUGGCUUUAUUUCCAUCUUAUCACGUAUCGCCUAGUUACGCGUUUUAAUAUAGAAUAUCGUCGGCGUGACGGAAAUAAUAGUGAUAGUAAUCAGAUACAGCUUGGAAACUGUUCAAGAAAUUAAUAAGUGCUGAAGUUACGAUUUGUUUUAUUUGUAGAUGAGAAAAAUAUAAAGUUCUACUUACUAUUUCGCGAG